UUAUCUCAGGCUUUUCUCACCUUCUUCACCUCUCCACCUCCACACCCACGCCUUCCCUUGCCACCAGUACCUCUUCACGCCCAGACAGCUGUGGUGAGGCGCGAUGCUAGGAGCUUGACGCCUUGUUCCUUAACUAACAUUGAGCACCGAGCAGAGAGCAGUGACGCUGACGACACACACACAAGUCUUCCCAGCACAUUCGAGAAACUCAGGAGUGGCAACACAACACAUGACAGUACUGGAAAAUGCUGCCUAUCCAGAACCAGGCUGUGUGUGAAGAAAGAGUGAAUCCAGCAUGACUUGGUGCUUAAGGUGUCACAUGAUUGGUGAUGGAAGACCGUCCUCUGGCUCGCAUUGGUCCCACUGGUGGGGGAGAUGUGAGAGCUGCCUGCAAGAAGUGUGGUUAUCCCGGCCACUUGACAUACCAGUGCAGAAACUUUGUCAAAGUGGACCCAAAGAAGGAUGUUGUGCUUGAUGUGUCCUCAACAUCGUCCGAAGAAAGUGACCAUGACACUCCUCUCACUCAACUACAGACACAGGAACUAAUGCAAGAGGCCCAAAGGAAUCAGAACUUGAAAAAAGAAAAGAAAAAGAAGAAAAAGAAGGAGAGAGAAAAAUCUGAAAGUAGAAGUAGGAAAAGAACUCCAGAAAGAAGGAAAAGAUCUCAGUCUUCAAGUGAUGAGGACAGAAGAAAGAAACACACAAAAAAACAUAAAAAGGAAAAGAAAAAGAAAAGGAGCCAAUCAAGAGAUUAAGAAAAUCUAUUCAUACUGAAAUUUCCAAUGUUUUACAAAAAUAAGCUUGUUUAAAUGUAAGAGGAAACAAUAAAGGGAUAUGAUUGAUAGAAAA